CGCUGCAUUCUACCUGACCCGUUGGCAGUAGUUCGCUUCUCGUCUUCUGUAGUUCGACUGGCACCUUCCUCUUUCUUAUAAAACCGUUUAGUUUCCUUCCUCACCGUCGUUUCUGGAGAUGGCGACAAACGCGCCGCCAGAGAGCGUGCAGGCCCGCCAGCAACAGAUCCAGGAGGACGCACACGCGCAGGUGCUCGGAAUUGUCGACGAAGCUGCAUCCAGGGGCGCUGCCGUCCACGUAUUUGACCCAGAUGCUCCUCCAGAGAAGAAAGCCUCUGACGUGGCCAAGAGCCAAGAUAAGCUCAAGCCUUAUACGAGUUCAGGCAGCGACGUCCCUGCAUGCAAAGAAAUGCCUAUUGAUACUGGAACGAAGGGAGUCGUGCCGACCAUUACUGUGGAAGAUGCAGACAGACCAGCUGAAGAGAAGCUGGAGAAGCAGGACAAAGCCGCUCCAGUCCCUGCUUCACCUUCUGACAUAGGCGCUUAUCCGUCCGGGCCAGCCCCAGAGAUACCGGAAUGGUAUAAAGUUGGAUGGCGUUCUGUGGCAAACGUCGACGUUCCUCGGUCUGAAGACGAACAAACGACGGAUAAGGCGGUCCUCGAACGCUUCUUGCCUGAACAAUUCUACGGUGAUUGGUACCAUAACGCUGGUAUCAUCGUUUUCGCUGUGUGUGCAUCUCAUUUCUUCACGCGUUUCAACUUCGGAUGGGGAUGGCUAUUUAUCCUUCUCGCAGUCUGCUGCACUUACUACACAACGUCGAUGGCUCGUGUCAGGCGCUGCGCGCGAGAUGAUAUCCAGCGCGAACUGGUCAAGACUCGUCUGGCCUCAGAACACGAAAGUGCCGACUGGCUGAACAAUUUCCUCGAUCGCUUUUGGCUCAUAUAUGAACCGGUACUCUCUAAAUCGCUCGUGGCUACCGUGGAUCAGAUCCUCAGCAUUAGUACUCCUGCCUUCUUGGACUCUCUUCGUCUCAGUACCUUCACUCUCGGUACCAAGGCGCCCCGUAUUGUCAAAGUUCGCACAUUUCCCAACACUGAUGAUGAUAUCGUGAUGAUGGACUGGAGCAUCUCCUUUAUGCCAAACGACAUUUCCGAUAUGACCCCUCGCGAGGCAAUGAAGAAGGUCAAUCCAAAGAUUGUCUUGUCAGUGAGAGUAGGCAGGGGAUUGGCGAGUGCAGCGAUGCCGAUUCUUAUAGAGGACAUAACUUUCGCGGGCCUUAUACGAGUCAAACUUAAGCUGGUCUCGAACUUUCCCCAUAUUCAAAUUGUUGACAUCACUUUCCUGGAGAAACCCACCCUUGACUAUGUCUUGAAACCCGUAGGAGGUGAUACGUUUGGUUUUGAUAUCGCCCACAUCCCUGGGCUAUCCGAAUUUAUUCGCGAGAUGGUACAUGCCAACCUCGGGCCGAUGAUGUACGAUCCCAACGUUUUCACGCUUAAUUUGGAGCAACUACUGUCAGGCGUCCCGCUGGAUGCGGCAAUUGGUGUUGUUCAGAUCACCAUCGAAGCUGCUCGAGGACUCAAGGGUAGCAAGAUUGGCGGUGGAUCACCCGAUCCAUAUGUUAGUGUGACCAUAAAUGAUCGGCAAGAGCUUUCCAGGACGAAUCACUGGAGUAAUACAUAUAAUCCAACGUGGGCAGAAACUAAAUUUAUCCUGGUGAACACCUUGCGAGAACCACUGGUGUUGAAUGUCAUGGAUUAUAACGAGCACAGGAAGGACACUCGUCUUGGGUCGGCUACAUUCGAUUUGCAAAAACUACAGGAUGACGCAACCAUCGAAGGCAUUGAACAACCUAUACUGAAGGAUGGCAAGGAGCGUGGCUUGUUGCGUUUUAACUUGUCAUACUAUCCAGUCCUGAAACCGGAGAUGAUCGAAGGAAAGGAGCAAAUUCCAGACACGAAUAUUGGCAUAGUUCGACUUACCGUACAUCAAGCAAAGGACCUUGAUUCUACUAAGUCCCUUACUGGCGACCUCACUCCACUCGUGAAGGUUUAUCUAGGCGAGGACCCUUCCGCCAUCCACCGUACGCAGAUCAUCAAGCACACGAAUAACCCUGUUUGGGAAUCGCCAACCGAAUUCCUGUGUAUGGAUAAACGGUCUUCCUUGAUUACCCUUAAAGUAGUCGACGACCGCGACAUUCUGAAGGAUCCAGUGAUCGGGUACAUGUCUGUUCGGCUGGAGGAUCUACUCGUGGGUAUGUCGGAAGGACGUGACUGGUGGCCCCUCAGUGCAUGCAAAUCUGGCAAGAUUCGUAUCAGCUUGCAGUGGAAACCACUUCAAAUGGCUGGUGUACUUGGUGGUGUGGACCAGUAUGUGCCUCCCAUUGGUGUCGUCAGAUUGUGGUUGCAGAGAGCGACGGAUGUCAAGAACGUUGAAGCGGCUCUCGGUGGCAAGAGCGACCCCUAUGUACGAGUACUGGUGAACAACGUCAUCAAGGGGAGGACGGAAGUCAUCAACAACAACCUCAACCCGAACUGGGACCAAAUCAUCUAUAUUCCUGUUCAUUCACUCAGAGAGUCCAUGUUCAUGGAAGUUAUGGACUACCAACACUUGACGAAGGACCGGUCACUUGGUUCCGUGGAACUCCAUGUCAGUGAGCUAGCUCGGGAGUCCCCGACAGACACUCAGUACCGCUACGAAUCUACCGGAAAGAAGGAGGCAGAAGACCCCCUCAAGCUAGACGGUGGUAACGGACAGACAUUCCAAGGCCGUCUCCACUAUGUUACCGAGUUCAUACCUUGCCUUAACCUCAAGAAUGUGCACUUUGAUGCGGAUGAGAAUGAAAUGCAACAAGUGGCUCAUCGUGUGAGCGAUAUCGGCGACUCUUCUGGCAACGAGAAACGAGACGUCACGGUCCGUCCACCCAUGGAUGGUGUGCAAGGGAAAGAGCGUGAAGGUGCCUUUGGCAACGGCGUUGCGGGUAAGGUGGAGGGCGAUCCUGAUGGUGAUGAGACAAAAGACAAGGAGAUAUCAGGAGUGGAGCUCGGCAAAGAAGAGCUUUUGAAGCAUCAAUCUGGUAUCAUCAUCUUCCACAUAUUAUCUGGGCAACUACACAAGAAGGCACGGUUGGAGGUACUUUUGGAUGACGGUUAUUGGCCGGCAUUUAGCACUAUUAAAGCGCGGAGCACGCGUGCGCAAUGGCAGUACGUUGGCGAAGCAUUCAUCAAGGAACUGGACUUUGGACGUAUUUGGCUAAGACUGAACGAGAAUGCGGAGGGUGACAAAGAUGAUAUCAUUGCAGAAUGGAAGGGCAACGCAAAACCCUUCGUGGAUGCCACUUUGGAUCGUCGUUGCACCUACACCCUCACCAACGACGAAGAUAAAACUUCCACCGUGGUUAUCGAGACGCGCUACGUUCCGGUCCCCGUGAAACUAGAGCCCAGGGAGAGUAUCAACAACCAGGGUGUGCUUCGUGUCGAGUUAGUCGGUGCCAAAGAUCUUCGAUCCGCUGAUAGAACGGGCAAAUCUGACCCCUACGCUGUCUUCACGCUUAACGGACAGAAGGAGUGUAAGUCGCAAACGAAGAAGAAAACUCUGCAUCCGGAAUGGAACGAAAUUUUCAACAUCAAUGUGCCUUCCCGCGUUGCCGCCGACUUCACAGUGGAGGUCUUCGACUGGAACCAGCUUGAGCAAGAUAAGAGUCUCGGUGUUGGUCGCAUCCGUCUUGAUGACCUUGAACCUUUGGAAUCGGCAGAGCGGUUCGUCACCCUCUCGUCGGAGAAACACGGAGAGAAAGGGGCUGUUCAUUUGCGCAUGGUAUUCCAACCCGAAAUCAUCGCUAGGGCACGCAAGAGCACUUCAACGUUCUCUGUCGCCGGUCGUGCCAUGACUCAUAUUGGCAGUCUGCCAAUAGAAGCGGGGAGAGGUGUUUUGCAGGGUGUCGGAAGUAUAUUCAAACGGGAUCACGAAAAGGAAAAUAGUCUACCUUCACAUCCAGAAAUUCUGGCAGCGACCCAGUCACUGGGAAGCGGAGGCGCUGCGUCACGAUCAGUGGAAUCCCUUCACACAACCGGUGGCGCACCUUCAGAUCCUGGUGUGUUGAAGGUUGUGGUACUCAGUGCGAAAGGCCUUCACACCAACGAAGCAAAGCCUUACGCACUUGUUCGGGUUGGCGAGAAGGAGCACAAAACCAAGCAUGGCCACAGCAAGACUUCUACUCCAGAAUGGAACGAAACAUUUGUUUUUCCCGCCAGUUCGUCGACACAAAAACUCUACGUGUGGGUUUACGACCACAAGACCCUUGGAAAAGACAAGGUACUCGGGGAAGGAGAGGUCGAGAUCUGGCGACACCUCCAACCGGGCCAGUCUUCUGUCGCCGACCUCACUGCAGAUUUACGAGAAGGAGGACAAGUCCGACUCCACUUGGAAUUCGAUGUCGACGCUAACGCGCACGCUCACGACCCAUCAGUCACUUCUUUGGAACGCCCAACACCGGUAUCACCUUCGAGGUUCAGCCUUCGAGGUCGACGGCCUGGCGCGACCGAUGACAGCUGAAGCAUUGGCACGUGCUAACCGUCUGUUACAUUCAUGCUACUUUCUUGAUCGAGUCGAUACGCUCGAAUUGUUAUCCUAAUGAUGUAUGGAGCUUAUAGUAUAUCAAUGCC